AUGGGUUCGAAGUUUACAGCCAUGUUUUUCAUCUUUUUGAUUUUCAUGUUAGUAUCUUUGCCACCAAUUUAUGCUUGUGUUCCCUGUACGCAGCCACAUCCUCCGCCGUACCACGGCCCAACUCACCCUAAAGUUCCCCGCCCGAACCCGCCUAGCACCAAGCACCCACCACGACAUGGAGGCUCCCCAAAGGUAGAGCCACCAUCAAAAAAGCCACCAAUGCCACCAGUUAUUGUCCCACCAAUCAUCAUUACGCCACCAAUAACAAACCCUCCCGUGAUAUCACCUCCCACUACCAACCCUCCUGUUACAAUCCCAACACCUUCUGCUCCUUACCCACCUUACAGUGGAGGCCCACCUUCUGGUGGAGGAGGUGGAGGAGGGGGUAGCUCUCCUGCUCCACCAACUACUCAACCAACUUGCCCAGUUAAUGCACUUAAGCUAGGACUCUGCGUGGAUGUGCUUGGAGGAUUGGUGCAUAUUGGGUUAGGAAACCCUGUUGAGAACGCUUGCUGCCCAGUGUUAGGAGGUCUACUAGAGCUUGAAGCAGCCGUUUGUCUUUGCACUGCUAUAAGGAUUAAGCUUCUAAACCUUAAUAUAUUCAUUCCCCUUGCUCUUCAAGCUUUAAUAACUUGUGGAAAAAACCCUCCUCCUGGUUUCCUUUGUCCUCCUCUUUAACUGCACAUUCAUUGAUAACAAGGCUACGACACUUACUCUGGACGUACAAGAUAGAUAGAACUCAGCUUCUAGGCAGGGUUGCCACCUCGGCCUCCCAUGCUAACUGUUUCUUU